AUGGAAUCUAAUCAUAAUCAUUCAAUACUUUGUUCACAAAUUCAUCAACCAACAAAUGAACAAAUUGAAUUAAACUAUCCUUAUAAUAAUAAUAAUAAUAAUAAUCAUAAUGAUAAUAUUGACAUGAACCAUGAAAUGACUAAUAAUACCAUUUAUACCCAUUUAGGAUUUCCAUUACCUAAUUCAUUGAUUAAUCAAUCAUUACAGUAUCAAACAACUUCUAUUAUUGGGAAUAUAACAAAUAAUUCAAUUCAAUCAUUGAUAAAUGAUAGAUCUCAGGAUAGAAAUAUGGGAAUGACAAAUGAUCUACUAAGAUUAACAAAUGUAUCCACAGGAGAUUUAUAUGGUUCCAAUAAAUCAUAUGAUAAUGUAACAGGUACAUCAAGUUUUAUUCCAUUGAAUAAUGAAACAAUUCAUUCGAAAGUAUAUUCAACAAAUAUACAACAACCAAGUCAAAGUUAUGCUUAUUCAUAUAAGACUCAUCAUCAUGAUCAUCAUCAUCAUCAUCAUAAUCAUUCCAUAAUGGGGUUAUCAAAUCAUAAAUGGUUUACAGGUUUAACUAAUGAACAGAAUGAUAAAGAUAUAAAAGAAUCAAUUUGUAUGUAUACUGAAACAACAAAUACUAAUACACCAAUGAUAAAUAAUACAAAUGAAACUUCAUUAAUUCCAUUAUUUGAUCCAAUUGUAUGGAAUACAACAAAUUGGAAACAAUUUGCAACAAUAGCACAACAUUCAUAUUAUGAUCCUAUAAAUGAUCCAUUAAUCUAUAAUCAAAUGAAUGAAAUUCAUAAUAAUUUAACUAAUCAAUCUAAUAUAAUUCCGUUUUAUCCUAUGAAUCAAACAAAAAAUCAUCAUCAUGAUGAUGAUGAUAAUCAUAGAUUUGGUUCUUUAACAAGAUCUAAUUUAUCUACAUUGACUUCAUCAAAUUUUACUGAUUCGAAUGUACUAAAUACUCAGUUAUCAAGUGAUUUCAUCAAAAAUACUAAAAGUUUCAAUGAAUGUAAUAGAAAUAGUUGUUAUAGUAGUAGUGGUAGUAAUAAUAAUAAUGAUAAUAAUAAUAAUGGAAGUAGGUUACCAUUACUACCAUCCCUAUUAGCUGAUUGUUCAAAUUCAUCCACUUGUAUGACAACAAUCAAUUCUCAACCAAUAUAUAAAUAUAAUUCAAAUGAUUAUCAUCAAAAUACUUUAUCUGAUAUUACAUUAACACAAUUCUAUCAUAAUGGUAAUACAAAUAAUACAUUUCGAAAAUACUAUCCAGAACAAAAGAUAUAUAAUACUAAUACUACUACUAUUACUACUACUACCACAACUACUACAACUACUACUACUACUAAUAAUAAUAAUAGUAGUAGUAGUUUUGAUAGUUCAAACUCUAUAGUUUAUCAUAUGAAUAACAAUUAUAAUCAAAUAGAUUUUAUAAAGAAUAACUUUCAUCAACAAUUCAAUGGUUCCAAGACAAUUAAUUCAACGUUUAAUCAUUCCCAAGAAGAAUUUAAUAUUCAUAGAGAAAUGAAUAAACUUGAAGAUCAUUGUCAAUACAAAACUUAUCCAGAUGAAUUCCCAUCUUCUUCACCAUCUUCAGAUAAUGGAUCAAUAAUGAAUCAUGAUCAUACAAAAUCUUCAACAUUAUUUCCAUUGAAUCAACCAUCUAAUACAACUACUAAUAAUAAUCAUAAUCAUACUCAAUCCUAUUAUAAUACAACCAUAAUCAAUCCAAAUGAAUCAAAUCUAUAUCAUGAUGAAUCAAUUAUCAAUCAUUGUCAUAAUGAUAGUUUCAAUAAUAAAGCUAAUAGAGUAUAUAAUAAUGAUAAUAAUGAUAAUACUACUACUAUUACUACUACUAAUACUACUAAUCAUACUACUAAUAAUCAUUCAUUAAUUAAUCCUAUUAUUACAAGUCCACUAUUAUCAAAUUUUUCUAAUUCAUCAUCAUCAUGUUUAAGUAUAACAAAUUUACAUGAAAAACGUAAACAACGUAGAAUUCGUACAACAUUUACUAGUUAUCAAUUGAAAGAACUAGAAAAAGCAUUUCAAGAAACACAUUAUCCAGAUAUUUAUACAAGAGAAGAUUUAGCAUUAAGAAUUGAUCUUACUGAAGCUAGAGUUCAGGUUUGGUUUCAAAAUAGACGUGCAAAAUUUCGUAAAACUGAACGUGUUAUUCAACCGGAUACAACAACAACAACAAUAACAACCACAUCAUCCUCAUCCUUCUCCUCUUCCUCCUCCUCCUCCUCCUCAUCAUCAUCAUCAUCAUCAUCAACAAUAAUAAUAAAUACAAACAAUAUUGAACAUAAUAAUCUAACUUUAUCCUCAAAUAUUCAACAUACAUCAAUGGAUCAUUCAAUGUAUCAUUCAAAAUUAUAUUCAACUACUACUUUAUUAGAUAAUCAAGAGAAACUUCACAAAUUCAUUGAUCCUUAUCAUAUUAUUGAUCAACAUGAAAUAAUCAAUACUAAUGAUAUCAUGAAUAGACCUAGAGAAAUUGAUUAUUUACAUCCAUCUUCCACUUCACCAUUAUCAUACAAUUCACAAGAUGAAUUAAAUUAUUCUAAAGAAUUUUAUGAAACAUUUAAAAGAUCUGAAUCUAUACAAUUAACAAAUGAAUUCUAUCCAUCAUCAUUUAAAGAUUCACUUAUUUCAGUUAUACAAAAAUCGAAUUCAAUGUUACCAACUAAGUCCUAUAUAGAUUGGUCAAAUCAUUAUCCUUUAUUAAAAGAGAAAGAUUCUAUAAAUAGUAAUAUCAGUAUUAUUACUACCACUACUACUACUACCUACUAA